GGUGUGUAGGAGUGUAGCUAGUAUAAAAACAUCCAUCUGUGCUCCUCACUUGACUGUAUAUGAGGAUUGAAACUAAGCUGAAGCAGUACUGUAUGGAUGUGUAAGAGGUUAUCUCUAAGAAGAACUGAGUUGGAAAGAUGCUUCUACCUGCGAACAUGGAGUGGAUACUACUACUCACAUUGGUGAACUCUAUAUCAAUGUCCACAACCACAACUGAAGAAGUCGACAUUUCCUCAGUGAUCACAGAGUGCUUCAACAUCAACCCACGCUAUCCAAACCCCAAUGAACUCUCCUGCUACCGCACUGACAUUCAAGAAGUUAGUGGCUUCCAGAUAUGUGAAGCUUCCUUUGUCCGGACACAGCGGAUUGCAGUGGCCAGUCAAUCUGAAAACUUCACAAUCAUGUAUCUCCACACGCCGGGAGCACUGAGAGGUCGACAGUACAACAACAGAUUGCUGUGUCGAUGGAAUAUUCAGUGUCCAGUCAAUCAACUUAUGUAUCUUGACUUUGAUGAACACAACAUCGAGCCAGAGGCAAACAGCUCCUUCUUUACUAACCCAGUGUGUGUUGACUACCUGAAGAGUUUCAGAGACUUUGGGACCCAGACCACGUGUGGGGCACGGGAUCCCUUCGCUGACCUGGAACCCAACAGAAUGCUGAUGGAGUUCAGAUCAAACAGACGGCUGCGAUUCCCUGGUUUCAAACUCCGUGUGGUCUGUUUCAACCCAAACCUGCAAGACUUGGAAGGAUGUGAGGCCACGCCCAUCGAUCAGCUCUUUUCGGGAAGAAAGAAACGGAGUGCCCCCAACAGAGACACUGAGCCAAGUACCAUGUUCCGUGACAAGAGAUCAGGCUCCAUGACUCGGCUCAACAUUGCCCCUAAUGUACUGGUGUUUUAUAUCUCCUCCACCAGACUUAUUAUUGUGUUGGAUAGAGGUAGAAUAACUAUUUUCCGAGAGAUUGCAUCACUCCACACCUACAACGAAUUCUAUGGGGUGAGAAGUUUUGACUCAUCCGACCCUACCCCCUUGGAGAGGUUUCGUGGCAACGGUAUGCUGACAGUCAUCAACAACACUUGCUACUAUUACAUCUUUGGAGUUGACCCAAAGUUCAAGCCAACCACUGAUGAGCAGUGGGUGAUAAGAUCUCUACUUGAUGCUCAAGAAGCUCUUGUCAUUAACACUGACUUCAUCAUUGAGGAAGACCCUGAUGUUACAGCUGAUAAAGCUGUUGAAAAGAUGAUCCAGCUCCACAAACCGGCCCAAGUGGUCCCCCUGGUUCUCCUGGAUCCCCUGGUUCCCCAGGUUCCCCUGGCCCUCCAGGAGUCUCAGGAUCCUCCUACACUUCCUACUCAUACCAUUACACCUAUACCUCCUCUUCCUCCUCCUCCUCAUCAUCAUCGUCAUCACCUUCUGGGACCUCAAAACUGA